UGGAGUUUGAGUUCGAACGAUCGAAUAGAUCAAGGAACAGAAGGGAAAAAAAAAAAAAAAAGGGAAAAAAUUUUAGAAAAAAAAAUGAGCAAAGGCGAAGGCGAAAGCAGCGAAAAUAUUAACAUAAUAGUGAAGUUCAGCGGAAGAUCGAUACCAGUAUCGGUAGCGAAGGAUUCAACAAUCAAAGACCUCAAAUCUCAUCUCCAGCCUCUCACCAAUGUUCUUCCCCGUGGACAAAAGCUUAUCUUCAAAGGAAAGCUUUUGGUGGACGCAAUGACAUUGAAGGAAUCGGAGGUCAUGAAUGGAGCUAAGCUUAUGCUUAUCGCUUCCCAGGGUUUGCACCAAGGGGGUGGUCCUAUUCUAAAAGAAGCUCAAACUCGGCCUAUUUCAAGGACAGUAAUUGACUAUAAAAAAUCCGAUGCAAGGACUGAAAUUACUAUGGAUAAGAAUCGUUUGGAACGAUGGAAGGCUACCGGAGUUAUAGCAUUAGCCGACUGCAAUUUGAAGAACAAAUUAUUCUUGUUGUUUGGAUUUUGUAAGGCCAUACCUGAUGAAGUAUGGGAUUGUGGAUCUUCUGCAAGAGUCCUGGAUGUCAAUAACAACAGCAUCCAAGAUGUUCCUAGCAAAAUCAGCAGUUUGAAUUCCAUUCAGAAACUGUUCCUCAAUGCAAAUGGUAUUUCUGAUGAAGCCAUUCACUGGGAAGGACUAACAUCUAUGAAGUACCUAACAGUUCUAUCCAUCAAUCAGAACCACUUGACCGCUUUGCCUUCUGCACUUGGCUUCCUAACUUCUCUUAGGCAACUUCACGUCGCCAACAAUAAGUUGACUACCCUUCCAAAUGAAAUAGGUAUUCUGGCUCAGCUUGAAGUUUUGAAGGCCAAUAAUAAUAGGAUAACCACUAUUCCUGCGUGUAUUGGGGAAUGUAAUUCUCUUAGCGAGGUUGAUCUUUCAGCAAAUCUUCUGUCAGAGCUGCCAGAGACAGUUGGCAAUUUACACAAUUUAAAGGCAUUGUAUCUUAGUAAUAAUGGGCUAACAUGCCUCCCUUGUACAUUAUUCAAGGAGUGUCUUCAGCUCGCAACACUGGAUCUCCACAACACAGAAAUCACAAUGGAUGUCCUUCGUCAGUUUGAAGGCUGGGAAGACUUUGAUAAACGCCGGCGCUCGAAGCAUCAGAAGCAGCUGGAUUUUCGAGUUGUAAGCUCUGCUGCAUUUGAUGAAGGUGCUGAUAAAAAUUAAUUACUACACUUACCAUUAUGUGGUUUGCAAACAUUGAUUCUGUUUAUGUUGUGAAUAGUUUAAACCGUAGAUUCCUUUUAAAAACAUUGCCUAAAUGUCAGUUUCUUAAUGAAUUAGUAGUACUACUUGUCAGUAAUCCUUUUUCUGAAGGACGGUGAAAUAAAUCCAUUCAGGAAAAA